AAGCAUGGACACCACGCAAAUGAAAACAGUGUUGCGACAAGUCAACAGUAUGUAGGAUUUAGGGUAAGACGCAGAUCUUCCUUGUAAUUGUAGAACAGUGGAAGCAGAAAGAACCGCGUUGAUAAUACCGCUUGUUCCGUGGACAUUCGUAUUCGUUCCGUUGACAUAUCGCGAUGUUACGGCUGUUCUCUAUCUAUGGUUUUCCUGUACUGUGGAAAUGCAGUCAUCAGGGGCCAUCCUGUGUUACCCAAAGGAAAGUUUUAAGUUUACUCCCAGUCAGCAGCACCUUCCGUCACCGACCACUCACCCUUGCUUGCCACUUUAGUACUGGGAGGCCAGUAUGGAGCGAUGCCCUGCAGCCAAAGAUAGACAGAUCUGAGGAAAAAGAGGCAAUAGAUCUGAACAAAUGGAAAUCUAUCAUGAGAUCCCAAGCUGCAUCAGAAGAGAAACAACAAGUCAAUGAUGAAGAGGAAGCAAGUGAUGCUGAUGAAAACCUCAAAGAACCAGAAGAUGAUUUAAAGAACAGUUCUUCGCUGCAGGCAACUCGGGAUCUGGUUGCAAUGUGGCGGCAAGCUGGGAAGCGUGUACCUCAAGAGAUUACUGAUGAAGAGGUUCAGACGCUGUCAGGGCUCACUGCCAAAUCCUCUAUGAAAAAGUACCUGAAGCACCUGGCUCUCAGGGAGCGCCACAAAGAGGUGCGUAAAGAGAAGAAGCAGAAGAAGAAGGAAGAAAGGGAAGCUUCGAUGAAUCGGAAUAAAGCAAAGGACAGCAAUGCAGAGGAAGGCAAUGAUCAGAGAGGGAGAGAACUGAAAAACACAUUCCUCCUCCAGGUUAGGAGCCAGUCCGUGGUCAAGCUGCAUUCCUGGAGGAGCGCCCAGGCCAUGGUGUUUGGUCAGCCGCUGGUCUUUGACAUGAGCUAUGAGUCCAACAUGGUCAGGCGGGAGGUAGAGAAUACAGUUUGCCAGCUGAUGGAGGCAGAAGGGUGGAACCGGCGUGCCACUGAUCCCUUUCACCUCCACUUCUGCAACCUGCAGCCAAAAGGGGCUUACAUGCAGCAACUGCUCAAAAGAUAUGGUGCAGAGGCCUGGGACAACCUGCUCGUCACCAGCACUGACCACCAGCAUGUUGAUGUGUUCCCCAGGGAAAAGCUGGUAUAUCUCACUGCAGACUCCCGCAAUGUUCUCCACACGUUUGACCACUCCAAGGUCUACAUAAUUGGAGCUCUAGUGGACCGAUCGAUCCAGUCAGGCUUGUCACUGGCCAAUGCCAAGCGUCUUAAUCUGGCCACAGCCCGUUUACCGCUGGAUGAGUUUCUCCACUGGGACAUGGGAGCCAAAAAUCUGACUCUGGACCAGAUGAUCCGCAUCAUGAUGACUAUGAAGGACACAGGCAAAUGGGAGGAGGCGUUGAAGUUUGUGCCGAAGAGGAAGCAUGAUGGCUUCCACAAGGACCAGACGGAGAAAGAUAUUACCAAUAAAUGGGUCAGGGGAGUCACACAUCAUGGACCAAGAGUGGACAAUGGCAGGCAGUUAAGAUCUGGUGAACGGACAUUUAAAAAUGAGAGCCAAAAACUUUACAGGUUUCAUAAUCAGUCUGGGUUCACUGGUAGAGACAGAAUGACUGGACUGCCCAGUGGCAGAGAAAACCAACCUGCUACAACCAGAGUACAGACAUCACUUAAGAAUACCUUGGCGGGAAGAAAAGGUGCAGGCAAAAGCAAGAUAUGGUGGGAUGACAAGUGAAGUCAACAAAAAUUGUAACUUUGGUUAAAAAGGACAUGUUUUGCAAGCACAGUUUGAGGAAAUGUCAGAAAAUGAGAGGUGAAUAAAAUGUUCUAAUAGGUUGACAAUUGUGCCUAUUGCUUUUUUUUGACUGUGACAAUGCAGGGUUAUAAACAGGACAGGACAAGAACAAGACAUUUUAACAAAUUUGAAACUGCUUUGGUCUUUAUUUUGAUCUGAUGUGGAAAACAAUAGAUGUAGAAAUAUAUUUAUGGUGUGCUUUCACUGUAUAUUAUACUGUC